AUGCCCUUCAACCGCCUUAUCCGCUUCCAGGACGAGUCCGGCAAGGCGGUCUUCGGAGAACCCAAUGUCACAUCCGCCGACGCCUUCGACGAUGCCGUGGCGAAGGGUGCCCUCGAAGCGACCGUCUAUGGCGGCAGCGACAUUUUCAAUGUUACGCAGACUUCAAAAGUGACCAAGGUGGUGAAGGUACUCGGCCUUCUCACUGCCGACGAUGUGCCCAUUGUCAAGUGCGUCGGUCUCAACUAUAUCAAACACAUUCAAGAGGGCGGCCGCAAGCCACCCCCCUACCCCUCCAUCUUCAUCAAGCCCCGCACUUCUGUUGCCUCUUUCAACGAGGACGUGGCCAUCCCUCGUAUCGCACAGGAAGACCAGCUUGACUACGAGGGUGAGCUGUGCAUCGUCAUCGGCAAGACGGGCAAGGACAUUCCGGAGUUGGAGGCCCUUGACCACGUUGCCGGCUACGUAUCGUCCAACGAUGUGUCGGCCCGAAAGUGGCAGCGCGACCCAGCAUUUGCAGGUGGUGUCCCGCAGUGGUGCUUCAGUAAGGGCUUCGACAAGUUUGCGCCGCUGGGUCCUAUGCUUGUCUCGCCCAAGGUGGUCGGCAAUGCUGGGAACCUUCGCCUGCAGACGUGGGUCAACGGCGAGCUCAGGCAGGACACCAAUACGAGCGACUUGCUGUUUGGCGUCGAGAAGAUUGUGGCCUUUAUCAGCCAGGGGACCACGUUGGAGAAGGGGACGAUCAUCAUGACGGGCACGCCAGCCGGUGUGGCCAUGGGCAUGAAGGAGCCCAAGUGGUUGAAGGACGGAGAUGUGGUCGAGGUGAGGGUCGAGGAGCUCGGAAGCGUUAAGAACAAGAUGGCUUUUGAGUAG